GCCAGCUGCACGGUCAGUCGGACGAGCCGUUCGCAGAAGUCGGGGGGGGGCAAGUCGGCGUCUCUAAGCUGGGUUUUUGCGCGGAGAAAUAACGCCACAGGACAGGAGGUUGAUGUCAUUCGGGGGAACCCAGAACGGCGGCCGCCGCAGCAAAUGGGACCAGCCGGGUCCAGGGUCUGGUAUUCGUGGGAUGGGGGAGGCUGAAACCGCUCCUACUGGGGCGCUUGAUGCAGCGGCUGCUGUCGCUGCCAAGAUCAAUGCUAUGUUAGUAGCCAAGGGCAAACUCAAACCCUCACAGAUUGGCACUCCCGGGCCCCCUGAUAAGUUUUUGGGUGUUGGAAAACCACAAUUACCGACAAAGUCCAAGGAUGAUCUGGUGGUAGCUGAGGUAGAAAUUAACGAUGUUCCGCUCACCUGUAGGAAUCUCUUGACACGUGGACAAACACAGGAUGAGAUAAGUAGAAUAAGUGGCGCUGCAGUUUCCACUAGAGGGCGAUACAUGACAACAGACGAGAAGGGCAAAGCUCUGCCAGGGGAUCGACCUCUCUACCUACAUGUCCAAGGCCAGACUAGGGAGCUUGUCGACAGAGCGGUCAACAGAAUAAAGGAGAUUAUCACCAAUGGGGUGGUGAAGGCUGCAACUGCCUCCUCCUCCUCCUCUUCCUCCUCCUCCUUCUCCCACAGUGGUGCCACAGUCACAAUUUACCAACAGCACAACCCACCUCCACCCUCCCUGCCCCCCAUGUCACACCACAAACCGCACUUUCAAUCUGGGAUGCAUUAUGUCCAGGACAAACUGUUUGUUGGCCUGGAGCACGCGAUCCAGGGUUUUGUGGUUAAAGAACGGGUGGAGGGCCCUGGUUGUACCUACCUCCAGCACAUCCAGACCGAGACCGGGGCCAAGGUGUUCCUCCGAGGGAAGGGAUCAGGGUGUCUCGAACCCGCCUCUGGACGAGAGGCCUUCGAGCCAAUGUACAUUUACAUUAGUCAUCCGAAACCAGAGGGCCUCGCAGCAGCAAAAAUCUUGUGUGAAAACCUGCUGCAGACGGUACAUGCAGAGUACUCUCGCUUCCUCAACCAAAUGAGUUCUGUGAUGCCAACGCAAGGAUUCAUACAGCCACCAGUGGUGAACGGGGUGCCCCCCCAGCCUCCUUACUACCCACCAUCCGCAUAUCAGCCAGGCUAUCCUGUGCCUGUUCCACCACCUCAACCCCAACCUGUCCCUCCUGCAUAUACUGUCCCCCCUCCCAUACCUCCUGGGGCACCGACAGGUGUUCCCCCCCAGUAUCCCCUACCUCCCGCCCCCACCCUAGCCCCUGCUCCUGUCCCCACCACUUUACCCCAGACUCUUCCUCCCGUCCCCUUCCCUCCAUCUGCUCCAGUGCCACCCAAAGUGCCGCCGUCCAUCGCCUCAGCCAAUCUGCCCCAGAAGAGACGCUUCACAGAGGAGGUGCCGGAUGAGAGAGACAGUGGCCUCCUGGGAUACCAGCAUGGACCCAUUCAUAUGACUAAUUUAGGUGCAGGCUUCCCAGUGGGCAGCCCCGAGACAACAGGACCCCCGCAACAGAGUUCCUCCGGCCUGCCGAGUGAGAGGAACAGUAGGCAGCUAAUGCCUCCAUCAGUCAUGUCUAUGAACGGAGGAGCGAGACCCAAGGUGGAGGAGAGGAGGGCACUACAAAGCCCUCUGGAGCCCUCAAUGAAGCGAAUCAAGACGGGUUUGGUGGCGUACGCUGGCGACUCCUCUGAUGAAGAGGAAGACCACUCUAACCCCAAACCCACGGGGACAGGUAACGCUGGGGCAGUUCCCCCUAUCCCCACCUCUUCAGGCUGGAUACAGGGGUACCGCUGCCCCCCUCCACUGCCCCCACGUGCCAAAGCACAGGCACAGCAAAAGCCCAUGCCUUUCUGGAUGGCGCCCUAAUUCAGGCCGGAGCCCCUCCCAGAUUCGGAAGCCCCGGUGCUGUGUACGCCCAGUUCUGUAGGACGUUGACGACAUCUCCUCCCAGCGCCAACCACCUGGCCCUUGGUUUUCUUCCAUCUCACAGAUGACGUUCCACCAACAACUCCUCGUUUUCUCAGCAUCAGAGGAAGAAAGUUGAUCGCCCAGGUCUGAAUAAAUAGAACUUGAUGUUAUUAAACCAACACGCCAGUGUUUGGUAUGUGCGCAUGCUUUAUUUUAAAGACGGUGGACAUUUUCAAGGUUGAUAUCCCCGAACUACUUGUGGAUUCACAGAUGAACAGUUAUGCGAUACUCCUGCCAUUUUUUAAUUUGGUUUGGAAUGACGUCCAUUCCAGAGGAACUCUUUAAGGAGGGGAAAAAGUUGCAAAGACAGGCUACUGGAUAAACAUGUCAACCGCUCUUGCUUUCUCAUCUCGUUUUCCUUCCUGUCCGAAUCGGCGAUACCUUCCUUUGGUAUUCGUAACUUUUUUGUACAGAUCAUUUUGGACUCCAGUGUAGUUGACCAGCUGACUUACUUCAUGCUUUUGUGUAAUAAACUUAAUUUAUUGCUGUAUUAGUCAUUGUCUGGUGAGAAGUGAGCCCCGCCGUUGUAUGAAAAUAGAUGCAAGUCAUCUCCGAGGUCCCACGUAGCCACGGAAAGCCUAAAGCUCUACAUGAGCCAAGUUUCUAAUAUGGUCUACACAUAACAGAGCCGCCGGUCACGUCACUAAU